GAUCAGUGGCCGCUCUCGAGCCUUUGACACACAUUACAACAAGCGACGACUCUGUUCGAGUGAUCUUGCUCGAUGACCUGCUGGAGUUUCUGCCUCGUUUUAUACAUGCGUGCAUUAGGGCGAGGCGGUCUUUGCUCAAUUGACAAACUACGAACGCAUCUGUCGCCGAGCCUUGGCGGUCUGCUGAACUCGAUUUCAAUGACGGCAACCCAAGCCUUUGAAAUCUCGGGCAGGUGUUGCGGGAGGAAUCUAGCACUGUUGCGCGCAAUGGGCACGCACGCACUCUGCGCCCGCCGUACGCCCAAUGGCGCGAAUAAAGGGCUGCACCCAGCGCACAUGUAUGCUCACAGUGUAUAAAUUUUGGGCGUUGCACGCUGCUGCUUUGUUGCGCGUAGCGGACCGUCCAGCAGUCUUCUCACUUCCUUAGUAGCGCACGCUCUACAAAGGACCUGGAUUUGUUCAAGCCCGUUGUGCUGACAACAGCUGCUGGCCUCCUGCAGCAGGAAAGCCUAGUAGGCGAACGGCGCGCCGCGUCAAGCGUCUCGUCCAGAAUGCGAGCUACUGUCGCCCUCAUCCUAAGCAUAAUAUGCUGCAGCGCGCUCGCCCCUAGUGCGCUGGCCGCCCGCCGGUCGCUGCUCGGCUCAGACAGCAACAGCAAGACCGCCACCACCGCGACGUACCUGUACGUGUGGGCGGGGCCCAAGGAUGCAAGCCUGGGCGGCAAGGAUUCCGUCUUCGUCAUCUCGCUUGCCGACGGCGAGUAUGGCAAGAUCGUGAGCGUCGUGCCCACUCCCUACUCAACGCUGGAGCCGCACCACUGCCGCAUCAGCAGCACUCGGACACACCUUGCGUGUGCGGGGCUCUUCUCGGCCCUGACCGGCACCCCCAGCGUGUUGUUCUUCGAGCUGUCGGACCCCCGCACCCCCAAGCUCGUGGACCCCGCGAAGGUGGACCAGCCAAAGCACUCCGCCUUUGCGGACGAGUUCGUGGCGAUCGCUGACGGCGGCUUCCUUCUGUCCAUGAUGGGAUCCUCCACGGGCGGCUCGCCGGGUCGUGUGGCGCACUACAGCAAGGACUUCAAGCUGAUUGGGGAGUAUCCCGACCCGGCCAAGUUCCCAGACAUCCCUGGUUUCAACCCGCACGGCCUGGGCGUGAGCUGGGUGCACAAGACCAUGGUGACAGUUGACUAUGUGGUUCCGGCCUCGACCCUGGUGGGCAACCCCCUUACCAUGUGGAGCACUGUGCGGCUGUGGAACAUCAGCGACUGGACCAUCACCGAGACAAUCGACGCCUCGGCCCAGGGAGUCAAGGGGCCCAUGGACGCGGUCGCCAUCGCCGAGACCGGCGCGUUUUACUUCGAGGGCGGCAACGGCUACAUCUACUACCUGGACGGCAAGGGCCCCAAGCCUCAUGUGCCGGUGGUGGCCUGGGACACGUACGCCGGCAGUGCCAACCGGGCCUCGGCGGGUUGCAUCAUGCACCCAUUCCGCAACGGCACACGGCUGCUGGCGGCGCCCUUUGUGCGCGACCAGGUCCAGCUGCUGGACACGACCAACCCCAAGAAGCCCAAACUCCUGGACACCUUCCAGCUGCCCAAGGGCGCGGGGGCUCACGUUGUGCGACUGAGUGCCGACGAGCUGAUUGGCGCGGUGGCCACCUACUUCCUGGACCAGGGGGCCAUUGGGCAGGUGCAUGCGGCGGGAGACAUGACGGUUCGGCUGUUCCGUCUGAACGACCGGGCCACCAAGUUCAUCCUCCGGCAGCCGGCCAAGUCGCUGAUCGACUUCAAGACGGUGGCGAAGAAGCAGGGCAUUUUCCGGCCGCACGGCCUCGCCAUUUACUAAGGCAGCUCCCGGACGGAUCCAAGGACGAAGACGUGAUAGUGGCGAAUGGCACAGCACCGCUGCGUACCGUACAGAAGAAUGUAGAGUGCAGAGUACUGACAAGGCACAGCGCAUGUUGCGCACGUGUCAGCAGUGCUGGUGAUCACAAGGUGGGGGUAUAAAUAAUGCUGUACGGUACAGGCGGUUUGGUUUCAUGUGUCUGAGCCAUACCGUACACCCCAGCUCCAGGGUACCGCGGGUUGCUUGAUCUAGCUAGUGAGAGGGGUUUUCGUCGACACGGGCAGUUCGGGAUUCCCCCAUGCCUCCUUCCCUAUUGCCCUAUUGUGGAUGCGGGAUUGCAACGACGGGACAGUCCUUCUUAUCAUGAUGUGAAGAUCAGGAGAUUGGUGGCGUGGGCUCGGCCCACAUUUGCUUUUAGGGUCAUGAUGCCGCAAUCCAUUCCAUACGCCUUAACCCGCAUCCCAGCAUUACUGGUUAUUGACGGCGCUGUCGUUGUCCUGAGCUCGUGAGGACGAGUGCACUCGUAUUGCCUCGAUAUAAUUGGGUAUUGUUAGCCUGAUGGAUUGCAUGUCGACAAGUGCGUGCUGGCCCAGGCACUGCGUGGAAUAAGUGUUCACAUGCCGGGUGGUGCAUAGCCAGCAUAGCAUGUCAGGCUGGUAGAUGACUUUGCGCAGGGCCCCUUGCUCGUGGCUUCUGUGUAUGCGUCGUGCGGUACGGUAAAUGGGGGGCUCGCCAUUCAUCUCUGCUCACCAUAUCAUCGAGUGUGGGAACAAUGUCGAAUAUUGGGGGAUUUCGAGCCCGCCUGAAACAGUGGAGGGCAGCACCGAGUUGCUGUGGGUGUGCUGGGUGUGCCUGGCUUGGAUGAGAGGCAUCAGGGCUGGCCAAGAAAAAUCUAGACCUGAAAGACUGGCCGAAGCUUUGGAGCGCGGUCUGAGCCCCGGGGUAGCUACUAGCCGCCUGCUGUUGUUGUUUCGCUUGUGGGCCCUGACCGGCCCUCCUUUCAGACUUUCAGUCCUUCACAGUUUGUAACCCUUGCAC